AUGCAUAGUGAUUUAAAUUUACGGUCAUUCUACGCAGGAGACCCUUAAAAAGAUAAUCAACUGAUAUAAUUAUUGAUCACUUGUAUUGAAGAAAAUUACCAUAAUGUUGCUGUUGUGAAUUACGUGAAAGAUUAAUAAAUAUAAAAGCAGAAUGCUUCCACUUUUAAACCUUACAAUGAGGAAUUCUUGUUAUAGAAAUAGUAGUAAAGUGCAAACAUAUCCUAAUUCACAGGGAAGAUUAAAUAAUACUCUAGACUCACUUUUGAGGUGAGUGAUAACAAGUUUUUUAGCUCGAUUAAAUAGGAGAAUCAAUUUUUAUAGGGUUACGAUAUUAUUGCUAUCAAACCAAAGACUGAGGCAGUAUUUACACAACUAUGCACAACUGUUACAUAUUUCGACAUAAUCACGUUUGAUUGUUUUGAGAAGCUCCCAUUCAUUCCGAAGGCAAAAGUAAGUUCAUAGCUCUUGGAGAAGAAUAUUAUGUUCGAGAUUAACUAUGGUGAUGCAGUUUAAGAUCCCAAUAAAAGAAGAUAAUUCAUUUCAAAUGCCUAAAUCAUUAUAAAUGCUACAAAGGGUAAGAAUAUUCUCCUGUCUUCUGAUACUGCGUAUUGGCUCUAUCACAGGAGUCCCUAUGAUUUGGUAGCAUUGGGAAUUACUAUUGGUUUAAAGAAGGAUCAGGCGACUCAGGCAGUUGGUGCAAACGCUGAGAUGGUGAUUAAGCAUGGCAUUCAUAGAAAAGCUUGUAAAGGUGUUAUUUGCGAAGCCGCUUUGAAGGACAUUGAAUAUUUUGAAUCCAAGAAGAAGUAGAUCAAAAACAAAUAAGAAGAGAAACUAAGCAAGAAAAUUAAACUAUCUUAAGAAGUGUAUGCGGUCGUUUAAAAUGAACAAUGA